GGUGUUCUUGAGAGCAAUCAACAAAUUUGCAGAGACAAUGAACCAGAAAUUUCUUGAGAAUAUGAAUUUUGAAGUUCAACUGUGGAACAACUAUUUUCAUUUGGCUGUGGCUUUUAUUACCCAGGAGUCACUACAGCUAGAAAACUUUUCCCAUGCAAAAUACAACAAAAUCCAGAACAAGUAUGGAGAUAUGAGACGUUUAAUUGGCUUUGCUAUACGUGACAUGUGGUACAAACUUGGCCAGAAUAAAAUUUGCUUUAUUCCGGGGAUGGUUGGACCCAUCUUGGAAAUGACUCUUAUUCCAGAAGUUGAACUACGAAAAGCCACAAUCCCAAUUUUCUUUGACAUGAUGCUGUGUGAAUAUCAAAGGACAGGAGAAUUCAAAAAGUUUGAAAAUGAAAUAAUUCUGAAGCUGGACCACGAGGUGGAAGGAGGACGAGGGGAUGAACACUACAUGCAGUUGUUUGAAUCCACUCUUACAGAGUGUGCGUGUCAGUAUCCCAGCAUUUCUCAAUUAGUUGAGAGUUUUGUCAGCCUCGUUAAAGGGCUCCUGGAGAAACUGCUGGAUUACCGAACCGUGAUGAGUGAUGAGAGCAAGGACAACCGCAUGAGCUGCACCGUCAACUUGCUGAAUUUCUACAAGGACAUUAACCGUGAAGAGAUGUAUAUCAGAUAUUUAUAUAAACUGCGAGAUCUUCAUUUAGAUUGUGAGAAUUACACUGAAGCAGCAUACACCCUUCUACUCCACACAUGGCUCUUGAAGUGGUCAGAUGAACAGUGUGCACCUCAAGUCAUGUCAACUGAGUUCCAGUGUUCACAGACUUACCGACACUUGAAAGAGAAUUUGUACGAGAAGAUCAUAGAAUACUUUGACAAGGGAAAGAUGUGGGAAGAAGCCAUAUCUUUAUGCAAAGAACUUGCAGAGCAGUAUGAAAAAGAAGUUUUUGACUAUGAACUUCUAAGUCAAAACCUGAUUCAACAAGCAAAGUUCUAUGAAAACAUCAUGAAAAUUCUGAGACCUAAACCAGACUAUUUUGCUGUUGGAUAUUAUGGCCAAGGGUUCCCCACAUUUCUGAGGAACAAAGUGUUCAUCUAUCGUGGGAAGGAAUAUGAGAGGAGGGAGGAUUUCCAGGCCCAGCUGAUGAGUCAGUUCCCCAGCGCAGAGAAGAUGAACACCACCUCAGCACCUGGAGAGGAUGUGAAAAACUCUCCUGGGCAGUAUAUCCAGUGUUUUACAGUGCAACCAGUCCUUGAGGAGCAACCUAGAUUCAAAAAUAAGGCAGUGCCUGACCAGAUUAUAAAUUUUUAUAAGUCGAACAAUGUGCACCGGUUCCACUAUUCAAGACCAGUCAGGAAAGGAUCUGUUGACCCUGAAAAUGAAUUUGCUUCUAUGUGGAUCGAGAGAACAUCCUUUGUUACAGCAUACAAACUUCCUGGAAUUUUACGAUGGUUUGAGGUUGUAUCCAUGUCACAGACUACAAUUAGUCCUUUAGAGAAUGCUAUUGAGACUAUGUCAACAACAAAUGAAAAAAUUCUGAUGAUGAUUAACCAGUACCAGAGUGAUGAGAACCUUCCUAUUAAUCCGCUUUCUAUGCUCCUGAAUGGAAUUGUUGAUCCAGCUGUUAUGGGUGGCUUUGCUAAAUAUGAGAAGGCUUUCUUUACAGAAGAAUAUAUCAGAGACCAUCCAGAGGAUCAAGAAAAGCUGAAUAGACUCAAAGAUCUAAUUGCUUGGCAGAUACCUUUCCUUGGGGCUGGAAUUAGAAUUCAUGAAAGAAGAGUUUCUGACAAUCUUCGGCCUUUCCAUGACCGUAUGGAGGAAUGUUUCAAGCAUUUAAAAGUUAAAGUGGAAAAACAAUAUGGAGCCAGAGAAUUGCCAGAUUUUGAUGACAAGAGAGUGGGACGGCCGAGAUCGAUGCUGAGAUCCUAUCGUCAGUUAUCAAUUAUUUCGUUGUCUUCCAUGAAUUCAGACUGCAGUACUCCAAACAAAAUUGCUUCUGAAAGCUUUGAUUUGGAAGUAGUGCUACCAAAGCCAGUAAAAGCAGAAUCAGAAGAGACUGCUCUGCAAAUGAAUCCUCACCCUGAAGUAAAGAUGAGAAGGUCCAAAAAAAGAACAAAAAGAAGCAGUGUGGUGUUUGCUGAUGAGAAGGCGGCACCUGAUAUUUCUCUCUCUGACACAAAAACUCUGUCAAGGAAAUAUGAGUUCAUGAGUGACACCAAUCUCUCAGAACAUGCAGUGGCACCUCAGAAAACAUCUGUCCUAAAACAGAUGAGUUCUGUCAGUCGUUCUAUGCCAACUAUCCCAGGAUUAACUCUGUCUGUCAGCACUGUGGCAUCUGAUGAAACGAUUGCAUCACAUAGAUUGAGUCAACCAGUGUUUCCUUCCACCUCAGAUGGUGACAAGAAAACCUUCAAAAAAAAGAAAGUGAACCAGUUAUUUAAAACAAUGCGUAUUUCCAGAGUUCUAGAAGAUGGAAAGCAGUCUGUGGAGCAUCACUUCAAGUCUUCGUCUACAGACCUGUAA